CGGGGUCGACGCAACACACACGACGUAAGACACACCAACACGUCACAUAACACACACCAUACUCUGUUUUGUAUAUACACCGACGCUGAACAGGACCCAGCAUCACUUGGCUCUCGGGGUCGACACAACACACACGACCUUUCAGAAUGAGGGCAACAUCGGACUGCGUGGUGGCGUGCGUGCUGUGGGCGUGUCUGGCGGUGGGUCUGAGUGUGGCCACGCCUUACGGAGGCUGGAAACCCCAACCGAGCUACUCCUCCGGCGGCAGUCUAAGUGGGUGCGGCACCAACGUCCAGCACAUCACCAAGAUCCUGGGCAGCACCGUCACGCAGACCGCCACCGUCAUCACCACCGUCACAUCCGCCACCGCCACCACCACAGCCACGCGGACGGUGACGCAGAUUAACACCGUAGCUUCAACCGCCACCGUCGUCAACACCGUCAUCAGCACCGUCACUACCACCGCUGCCGCCACCGCCACCGCCACCGUCACCGCCACCGUCACCGCCACCGCAACCGUCGUCAACACCGUCAUUAACACCGUCAUCAGCACCGUCACUACCACCGCUACCGCCACCGCCACCGUCACCGCAACCGCAACCGUCACCGUUACCGCCGCCACCGCUACGGUCACCACCACCGCCACCGCUACCGUCACCGUUACCUCCACCGCCGCCGCCACCACCAUCACCAACACCGUCACCGCAAUCCAGCCCUGCAGCAUCGGUACUGGAUACGUGCGCACGGGUCUUCCCACCAAGUACAACGGAGGCUGGGUCUGGCAUUAAAGCGAAAGGAUCUAUCUCCCCGUCGCAUCAAACAUCUCAUUGGCAGAUCACGUCUAAUAUUAUAAUCUCCCAUGGCAGCAUUACUGGUUCAUAUUUAAUCUCGUUUGUUUUAUUUAUUGAUUUAAUGAUGUGCACUUAGCAGUUGUGGUAGAUCAAAUACAUUAUCGCAAAUCAUGUCGCUAAUUCCUUUCCUUCAUGAUAACAAGAUAGGCCUAUAUAGAAUGUUAGCCCAGCCCACCCAGGUGUUCAUCCUCCCUUUCUGGCAGGUAAUCUGUGGUAACCCGGAUGUCACACCUGCCCUGUUCUCUAUCUGUAUAUGUCUAUCUUCCUAUCUAUCUAUCUGUUUAUCUACCCAUUUUAGAUGUCUGUAUCUAUCUAUAUCUAUUUAUCUUACUAUCUUUACCGAACCUCAUUUCAUGGUAUUCUUUUUCACAUCUUAAUGACACUUUUUUUUCAUCCUUUUGUCCGACCAUCCGCUGAGCAAAGGACACGAAGCAUAAACUCACUAGUGGAGGAAACGAAAGAUGAUGCACUCCAACUUGAUCUGAUUUUUUCCCCCCAAACAACAGAAUAUGUUUACAGGGUCACGGCCACCCAGUGUUAAU